AUGACGCGAAGGAUCGUGCGAACGAUCAUCCAGGUCGCCUCGGCGGCCGUCUUCACCUUUUUGGUCAUCUUCUUCCUCGACAGGAAUUUCCGCGUCCUGCCCAACUCGAUCCACGAGCACAUGCCCCAGCACCAUGCCGGCCUCAUCAUUACCGACAUCACCAUCGCAAAAUGUUCGUCGCUCAACGUCUUCUCCUCCUGCAAGCUCGACACCGACGUAUGGUACCGCAUCGAGAAAGACCUGUACCUCGGAAAGUCGAUGGUGUCGGGUGCUUACCUUCACGUGCAGCGCAAGAAAGAGGAGGAGCUCACCGCCGAUGACAAGGUCGUCAUGGAUGUGCAGGUGGGGAGAUUAGACCCUGGUGUGGGCACAAAAGGAGAAGCAGACGAGCGGUGGGAGAGCAGGCCUGGAGGAUUGUGGAUCAAGCGCUCUGCGAAGCGCCAUGCCAGCGACUCGAAAGAGGCAGUCACAGCAGUGGACGUGCUGUUCGGAGACGACGCCGUUGAAGCGCGCGAGGGAUGGGACAUGCCGGCGACCGGUACCGCGUUGCUGAUAGAUUCCGGGCCGAAGAUCCCCUCGGCGCAUAUCACGCUGAGACGUGGGAGUCAAAAGGAGCCGACGAAGCCGCAGCCGCGUAUCAACGAUAACGGAAAGUUCAAGAUCAUGCAGGUGGCUGAUUUGCACCUAAGCACAGGUGUCGGCCACUGUCGAGAUGCCGUCCCUGAUGGCUACAACGGAGGCCAGUGCGAGGCAGAUCCUAGAACAUUGGAUUUCGUCACCAAAAUCCUGGAAGAGGAGCGGCCAGACUUGAUUGUUCUCAGUGGAGAUCAAGUCAACGGCGACACAGCCCCAGAUGCUCAAUCUGCAAUCUUCAAAUACGCACAACUGUUCAUCAAGUACAAAGUCCCAUAUGUCUCCAUCUUUGGAAACCACGACGACGAAGGCAAGACAUCACUGCCGCGAUCUGGUCAGAUGGCGCUCAUUGAGACGCUGCCCUACUCGCUGUCUGUGGCCGGGCCGGACGAUAUUGAUGGCGUAGGCAACUAUGUCCUCGAAAUCUUGGCUCGAGGGAAGUCCUCUCACUCGGCGCUGACAAUCUACCUGCUGGAUUCUCACUCAUACUCCCCCGAUGAGAGGAAGUUCAAGGGUUAUGACUGGAUCAAGAAAAACCAGAUCGACUGGUUCCAGCAGACUGCAGAGGGUCUGAAGAAGAAACACAGGGAAUAUACCCAUUACCAUAUGGAUGUCGCUUUCAUCCAUAUUCCCUUACCGGAGUAUCGGGACAAGGACCAAUACUUUAAGGGGGAGUGGAAGGAGCAUGUCACAGCUCCAAACUUCAACUCGGGCUUCCACGAUGCCCUGGUCGAACAAGGUGUUGUCAUGGUCAGCUGUGGACAUGAUCACGUCAACGAGUACUGCGCGUUGUCGGUGGAUGACAAGAAGAAGCCUAAUCUAUGGAUGUGCUAUGGCGGCGGCGCUGGAUUUGGAGGCUACGCCGGCUACGGAGGCUUCCACCGCAAGAUCAGGAUAUUCGACUUUGACAUGAACGAGGCACGCGUUUCAACAUGGAAGCGGACUGAGUAUGGCGAGACCGACAAAAAAUUAGACGAGCAGAUCAUCGUCGAUGCUGGAAAGCCCGUCGCUCCCAUGGAAGGCUGA